GCAAAACUUGGGGUGGGAUUGAUGGGGGGUGUGUGUGGCUUGGUCGCUUCAUUCACCCCCUGGAAGUUCUUCAUGCCCCCCAGUUUGGGAACCCAUGAACUAGAUCAACCCAGAGAGACUCAAUGAGUGGAUGGGCCUUGUUGAGUUUCUAAUAAUGUCACUGCUAUGGAAGCCAAAGGUAAAAAGAGAUUCACAGGAAAAAGUGGAAAAGCACCACAAAGAAAAAAUAAAUUUAAGAAAGAUAAUGAUUCUGGUCCACCAAAGAAGUUUCAUAGCACAGGAGGUAAAGAAGGAAAGCCUAAAUUCAGAUCCAAGAAGUCUGAGAGAGGAAACAAAAAUCUUGGUAAGACUAGUGUGAAACAAUUCAAGAGUAAGCAGCAACCAGGAAAGUUCACAAAGAAGAGAAAAUUCCAGCAAGACAAGGAGGGUGGAUCAGCACCUAAGAAGCCUAAAUGGAGUGAUUUAAAAAAGAAAAAGAAGGAAUUAAAGCAGAGCAGACAACUUAAUGACAAAACAAAUUAUGAUGUAAUCAUCAAAUCAAAACACAUAUGGGAAACAGUGAGAAGGAAAAACUGUGACAAGGAAAAGCGAGAUAAACUAAUAAAGGAACUACAUAAACUGCUUCAGGGGAAAAUUAAAAGUAUGGCAUUUGCACAUGACUCAACUCGAGUUAUUCAAUGUUUCAUUCGGUAUGGAAAUGAAAAGCAAAGGCAAGAGAUAUUUGAAGAAUUAAAAGAUAGCCUAAUAGAAUUGAGCAAGUCCAGAUAUUCCAGAAAUAUUGUAAAGAAGUUUCUUAUGUAUGGAACAAAAUCACAAGUUGCAGAAAUAAUUAAGAGCUUCAAAGGUGAGGUAAAAAAAAUGCUCCGCCAUUCUGAAGCAUCUGCUAUAGUAGAGUAUGCGUACAAUGAUAAAGCCAUUCUGGAGCAAAGGAACAUGUUAACAGAAGAGCUCUAUGGAAACACAUUCCAAAUUUACAAGUCCCCAGUUCACUCUACACUGGACAAAGUGUUAGAGGCUCAUCCUGAAAAGCAAGAGGCCAUUAUGGAUGAAAUGAAACAGAUUCUUACUCCAAUGGCACAAAAAGAGGCUGUGAUAAAGCAUUCACUGGUACAUAAAGUAUUUUUGGACUUUAUCAUCCAUGCUCUCCCAAAACAAAGAUCUGAAAUGAUUGAAGCAAUCAGAGAAGCAGUCAUCUACCUGGCACAUACACAUGAUGGAGCCCGAGUAGCCAUGCAUGCUUUAUGGCAUGGUACACCCAAGGACAGAAAAGUAAUUGUGAAAACCAUGAAGACCUAUAUUGAAAAAAUAGCUACUGGUGAAUUCUCUUACUUGGUCUUGCUGGCAGCAUUUGAUUGCAUUGAUGAUACCAAACUUAUGAAACAAUUAAUCAUAUCUGAAAUAAGUGGUUCUUUGCCCAAUAUUAUAAACAACAAAUAUGGAAGGAAGGUUCUGUUGUACUUGCUAAGUCCAAGGGAUCCUGCACACUUCCUACCAGAGAUUGUCAAACUUCUGCAACAGGGAGAUGGAAAUGCAUACAGUAAAAAAGAUUCAGAUGUUCGUCGCUGUGAACUUUUAGAAGCCAUUUCCCCAGCCUUGUUAGGUUAUCUGCAAGAACAUGCCCAAGAAGUGGUGAUGGACAAGGCGACGUGUGUGUUGGUGGCUGAUAUUUUAGGGUCUGCUCUUGGUGAUGUCCAGCCUGCCAUGAAUGCUAUUGCUAGUUUGGCAGCAGAGGAGCUGGUUCCAGGUGGCAAAGAUGGGCAGCUUCACAUCGCAGAACAUCCAGCAGGCCAUCUGGUUCUGAAAUGGUUAAUUGAGCAAGAUGAAAAAAUGAGAGGAGAUGGAAGAGACGGAUGUUUUGCAAGAACGUUGGUGAAUUGUGUCGGCAUUGACAAUAUGAAGUCCUGGGCAGAAGUAAAUCGAGGUGCCAUUGUUCUUUGUUGCCUUCUUCGAAGCACAGAUCAAGAAGUGCCAAAGAAAGUCAAAGGAGGACUAAAAAGUCUCAUUCCAAAAUUGAAAUGCAAUAAAAAUGUAAAAGGAAUAGAGGCUCUACUACAGGCAUUGACUUCCUAAUUUUAAAUGAAGUUCAGAAAGACUUGUUUCCUAUCAUUGUAACCAAAUACAAUUCAGUGGAGGUUUAGCACAGUAUUUGAUUAUUUUUGUACUAUCCUUUGUAAAAAGUGUAUUUGUAAAUUAAACUGUUUCUAAAAUGA